CGGCCGCGUCGCCCGCCGCUGCCCGGCACCGCCACCGCGCCCGACGACGACGCAUACACCCGCCCACCCUGCACGGAUACACCGAGCGGCAAUGGGACCCCUUUCUCGAGUGAUGACAGGUGACGAGCGAGGGCGACAGUCGCUGUCUUUCUCGUCCUUCCUCUUCGCUCGUCCUCGUCGCGAGCACCACCAUCGUGAUGGCGGUAUGCACUCUGCAGCCCGUGCGUUCCGAUGGGAAGCCCACUCUCUUCACACCCCACCAGUCCCCUUAUAACCAGCUCCCUCCCCCGCCUGCUCUGCUCCCUUGCUGCCCUCGCUAUGCCAUCCCUCCAAAUCCCCAAAAAAGCACAAGUGCUCGUCGUCGGCGGUGGCCCCGCCGGUAGCUACACUGCCGCAGCCCUUGCUCGAGAAGGCAUCGACGUCGUCCUACUCGAGAUGUCUCGCUUUCCACGAUACCAUAUUGGAGAGUCUCUCAUUCCCUCUGUCCGGCAUUACCUGCGCUUCAUCGACGCAGAGGACCUCGUCGCCAGCCAUGGUUUUGCUACCAAGCCUGGCUCUGCCAUCAAGUUCAAUCAGUAUAUGCACGAAGGAUACACGGAUUUUGUUGCUCUCGGUGCCGACAACGCUGCAUGGAACGUCGUCCGCGCUGAAUUCGACCAUCUACUCCUGCAACACGCCGCCGCCUCCGGGGCACGCGUCUUCGAGCAAAUCCGCGUCACUGAGCUCCUCUUCGACCAGUCUCCCAAGGCUGUAUCUACUUCCCCUGGCCGCUCGAGUUCGUUCAGGCCAUCGCUCAGCCGAAAGGUGUCUGCGGGUAGUUCGAGCCUGAGGGCAGUAGCCGAGGAGUACGCGAUCGAAGACAACUUGGAUGCGAAAGCCGCUAUGGAGCCCGGUGAUGAAGAGGUCGCAAGCCUGGGGCGUCCGAUCAAGGCGGUGUAUGAGACGGCAAACGGAGGCAGAGGCGAGAUCGAAUUCGACUACUUGGUCGACGCAAGUGGGCGCGCGGGGGUGAUGAGUACGAAAUACCUAAAGAAUCGUAGGGUGAACGAGAGCCUCAAGAACGUCGCCGUGUGGGGCUACUGGCGCGGCACCGGCAUGUACGGUAAGGGGACCACGCGAGAGAACGCGCCCUACUUCGAGGCACUCAGCGACGAGUCCGGCUGGGCAUGGUUCAUCCCCCUGCACAACGGGCUCACUUCCGUCGGCGUCGUCAUGGCACAAAAGCAGCUCGGCCUGCGCUCGCGCGCGUCCUCCGCCGCGUCCUCCUCUCCGUCCGCGUCCUCCCCCGGCCCCGCGCACGCCCGCCCGCGCUCGACGUCGAGUCUGUCCACGCGCACGGCGUCCGCGCUCGCAGAGCGCUACCGCGGCUUCUUGCCGCUCGCGCCGGGCGUGCUCGCGCUGAUUGGCGAGGGCGAGCUCGUGGAUGUCGCGGGCGAGGGCAUAGGCGGGGAGCAGGGCGAGGCGGUGAAGAGCGCGAGCGACUAUAGCUACCAUGCGGAUGUGUAUGCGGGCGAGGGGUGGAGGCUCGUCGGGGAUGCGGGAGCGUUCAUAGACCCAUUCUUCUCGUCGGGCGUGCAUCUGGCGAUGACGGGCGCGUUGAGUGCGGCUGCGUCGAUAUGUGCGAGCGUGCGGGGGGACUGCGCGGAGGUCGAGGCGGCGAGGUGGCAUAGCAAUCGCGUGGCAGUUUCGUACACCAGGUUCCUCGUCGUGGUCCUCAGCGCGUACAAGCAGAUCCGCUCGCAGUCCGCGAACGUCCUGGGCGACGUCUCCGAGGACAACUUCGACAAGGCCUUUGCCUUCCUCCGACCCGUCAUCCAGGGCGGCGCAGAGAUGGGCACGCGUCUCUCCGAGGACGAGCUCCAGCAGGCCCUCGACUUCUGCGUGCACCUCUUCGACCCGACGACGCCCGAGCAGCACGAGAGCGUCCGCCGCACGCUCGCGGGGCUCUCUUCCUCCUCUUCCUCCUCCGCCGCCGACGUGGAGGAUAGGCCCGAGGCGCUCCUCGAUGUCCGCGCGCCGAUCGUCGACCCGUCGAGGCUGGAGAAGCUGCUCCGCUUCCGACUCAGGCGCAGGUCCGAGUCUGCGGAUGCGAAGUUGGGGGGCGCGACGACGGGCGGGGAGAAGACGGCGACCGCGACGGCGGAGGACGCGGAGGUGCGGAUGGUGCUGGAGAAGGUGAACGCGCGGCGGGUGAUCUAUUCGGAGCAUGGGAACGCUCUGAACAACUUGGAGGAGGAGGCGGUGGACGGGUUCGUGGUCAGGCUCGAGAGGGGGGAGUUGGGGCUGAGGCGGGCCGCUGGGAAGGGCGAGGUCUGA